AUGGAUAAAUCCAGUCGUGUAUUAGCUGAGGACGUUCCUGGUGGCAUUCUUAACACCUGGUCUGCCCGAGCUGCACACGCCAACGUCCCGCUAUCUACCCUACAUCAUCGCGCACGCGGGCGACGCUCCAGAGAAGCCAAAGCACAGAGCCAGCAGUACCUUACCCCAUGCGAAGAGAACGCCGUCGUCGAAUCCUUAUUACAUAUAAGUUCUUUAGGACAACCCGUACGAAUGAAAUAUGUGGCAUCACCGGCUUUCAGUGCAACCCGCCAUCGGGCCUUAGCGGGUAGACCUCAGAAGGCUCCAGGCGUCAACUGGGCCAAGGCACUCGAAAGACGCCGUCCAGAGAUCGUAGCGAGAAAGAAGAGGGCGCAAGACUGGAGUAGUUUUAAUAUCUACAACAAGGUCGCCUACUGGUUCGAAGUGAUCGAGAAGGAGCUACAAAAUGUUCCGCUGAAGGUAAGCAUGCCCAACUAUGUCAAAAUCCUCGUUGGCAAGGAAGGAAUGCGAGAGAGCUAUAGAGGCGCGCGCGUUAAGCGUACCACGGUAACUGCGAUUGAAUGUAUUAGCGCUGACGCCCGCCACAACACACUGAGCCAACUGGACCACUUUCCCUACCCCUGGCUUUAA